GCGGGCGGAGCCGAAAACCAAACAAACGCUUUCUGAGCGAUUAGGGGCGGGACGAACGCGAGCGGACUGGGCCUCCGGAGCCUAGGCCUUGGCCGGGUUGACUUUUCGGUUGUUGGUCGCUGUGGCCGAGCGGUCUGCGGUCGGGCUGAGACGUGGGAGCAAUGGCGACCUUCGUGAGCGAGCUGGAGGCGGCCAAGAAGAACUUGAGCGAGGCCCUGGGGGACAACGUGAAACAAUACUGGGCUAACUUAAAGUUGUGGUUCAAGCAGAAGAUCAGCAAAGAAGAGUUUGACCUUGAAGCUCAUAGACUUCUCACGCAGGAUAAUGUCCAUUCUCACAACGAUUUCCUCCUGGCUAUUCUCACGCGUUGUCAGAUUUUGGUGUCUACACCAGAGGGCGCUGGAUCUCUGCCCUGGACAGGGGGGUCUGCAGCCAAACCUGGAAAACCAAAGGGAAAGAGGAAGCUUUCUUCUGUUCGUCAGAAAUUUGACCAUAGAUUCCAGCCUCAAAACCCCCUCUCGGGAGCCCAGCAGUUUGUGGCAAAGGAUCCCCAAGAUGAUGAUGACUUGAAACUUUGUUCCCAUACAAUGAUGCUGCCCACCCGGGGUCAGCUGGAAGGGAGAAUGAUAGUGACGGCUUACGAGCACGGGCUGGACAACGUCACCGAGGAGGCUGUCUCAGCUGUGGUCUAUGCCGUGGAGAAUCACCUUAAAGAUAUAUUGACAUCGGUUGUAUCAAGAAGGAAAGCCUAUCGGUUACGUGAUGGUCAUUUUAAAUAUGCCUUUGGUAGCAAUGUGACCCCACAGCCGUACCUGAAGAAUAGUGUAGUAGCUUACAACAGCUUAAUAGAAAGCCCUCCAGCCUUUUCUGCUCCUUGUGCUGGUCAGAAUCCAGCGUCUCACCCGCCCCCGGAUGACGCUGAGCAGCAGGCUGCGCUCCUGCUGGCCUGCUCCGGGGACGCGCUGCCUGCCCCUUUGCCUCCAGUGAGCAUGUAUGACCUUUUUGAAGCUUUGCAGGUCCACAGGGAAGUCAUUCCUACGCACACUGUGUAUGCUCUCAACAUUGAGAGGGUCAUCAUGAAACUCUGGCACCCAAACCAUGAAGAGCUACAGCAAGACAAGGUCCACCGCCAGCGCUUGGCAGCCAAGGAGGGGCUUUUGCUCUGCUGAGUUAGGAUUUGAGGGUGGGACCCUCAGCAAGUUCAGCGAUUAUUGAGAAUCGAAUGUUCUUUGGGUCCACAUUUCAAGACUGAAGUGUGUGGUGUAAAUGUGACCUUUCCUAUGGAAACAUGACAGAGUAUGUUUUGUGUGGCUACUGUGAAGCCAUUCAUAUCAGUCUGACUUGGAUAAUGCCGUGUGUGUGUGUGUGUGUGUGUGU